CUGUGUUUUAAAAUCACUUUUUAAUCACGUUGGCUUUAUGGAGUUUAUUAUUGGUUAAAUUUAUAACGUACAGUUAGAUUAGAUUUAACUCAAUGUUUUUCUCUAUUUCAGUUAUGGGAAAUUCUUUUAGGUCCAAUCGGUCUGUUUCUCCUCCUCCUCCCACUAAUCCUCCACUUCUUGAUAAACCAUGGCUGGAAAUGAAUUGGGGAGACAGAGAAGCUGACCUGCAGUUCAUCAACGACUACAGACCUAAAGGUGAAGAUCAUCAUCAGUUCAGGAUUCUUCUCCAAGGACCAGUUGGAGCUGGAAAAUCCAGUUUCAUCAACUCUGUCAUCAGCACCUUGGAGGGUAAAAUCUGUCACAGGGCUUUUGCAAGUACCGGACAGACCAGCUUCACCAAAGAGUACAAAAUGUACAGCAUUAAGAAAGGAGACCAGGGAGAGAUGUAUCCUUUCGUGCUGAAUGACAUGAUGGGUUUGGACAAUCGGGGUCGGAGAUACAGAAGAGUCUAUGAGAAAGACAUGGAAAUGGCCAUGAAGGGGCACAUCAAGGAUGGAUACACAUUCAACCCUGAGAAGGCAUUAUCAAAAGAUAAUCCUCUCCACUACAACCAGAAUCCAACCAUCGAUGACAAAGUUCACAUCCUGGUUUCUGUCAUCGAUGCCGAUAAAGUAAUCCUCCUGGGAAAUCCUGUUGUGGAGAUAAUUCAGGACAUCAGAGACGAAGCCACUGAGCUGGGGAUUCCUCAUGUGGCCGUUCUCACCAAAAUUGAUGAAAUCCAUCCUGAGAUCAAAAAAGAUGUGAAAAAGUUCUGCAGGACCCAGGAGCUUCAGAAAAAGGUUAAGGAUCUGAGCAAUCUGGUGGGAAUCCCAGAGAACUGCAUCUUCCCUUUGAAAAACUACCACUGUGAGAUGAUGUUGAACGAUGACAUUAAUGCUCUGGUCCUGAAAAUCCUGAGACGCAUCAUUGAGAUUGGAGAUGAAAAACUGAAUAAUUAAAUUAUGACCUAAAUCUAUUCAGUUAUGUUAAAAUGUUAAAACCAUCAGAAUGUCUUCAUGUUUCUGAUUGACAUGAUCUUAAUCAUGAUUGAACCCAUAAUGUGUUUGAAAGUUCAGCACUGUAAAAAUAAAAUUAAUAAACUUUAAAGUCCAA